UUCGGCUGAGGGAAGAUUAAUAGCGCCUCGUUAUUUUAGCUGUAUAUAACGAUACAAAUCAUUUAGACGCGGUGGAAAGGUUCUAUAAAAGUGCUCAAAUAACACGUUAAUAGCACUCUAAACACGUUAGUAAUGUGAAGUGUAUGUUGAUAACAUACAGUAAAUGCAAUAUAGUUGCUUUAUGUGAGGUGCUGAUACUUUGUCUCACGUAAAUGGCGCUAAAUGUAUGUAUUAUUUUACUGUGAGUAAAGCGCAUCCACACAUGAGGGUCAGACAGAUUGAUUUAGCCUUAUUUUUUUUUACAUUGAUUAUUAUCUUCAUCUUUAACGUGAUGAAUACACAUUUCCAAACAAGCAGGAAGAACACAAUGCGCAACAACUGAGAUCUAUUAAAUAUGGGAGUUUAUUGAAGAGGAGAGUGAAUACAUGAGUGGUUCAGAACCACACGGUGUGAAAAGUGAAGAUAUUGAGGAACAAAGAGACCUGAUGGAAGUUAAAGAGGCAAGUCAAGAACUGAAUGAAGUGGAGGAGAAAGAGCAGUAUGAGGAGCCUCAUCAUUUCAUCAACAACAACACUGGAGACAAAAACUUAAGUUGCACAGACACUGAAAAUAAUAUUUUACCAAGAAGAAUAGAACCCCAAAAUUGCUUUAUCUGCCCUGAGUGUGAAAAGAUUUUCACAUGUAAAAGAGACCUUAAGAGGCACAUCAAAAUCCAUACUGAAGAGAGGCCUUUCAUCUGCUCUCAGUGUGAAAAGAGUUUCAAAAAUUCAGGAGACCUCAAGAGGCACAUAAGAAUACACACUGGAGAGAAGCCUUUUACCUGUCCUCAAUGUGGAAAGAGUUUCACACAAAAAGACGGCCUUAAGGAACACGUAAAAAUUCACACUGGAGAGAAGCAGUUUGCAUGUAUGUUGUGUGGGAAGAGUUUCACACAUCAAGGCAGCCUAAAGAGGCACAUGAAAGUUCAUUCCGGAGAGAAACUACACCAAUGUUCUGAGUGUGGCAGGAGGUUUUCAGAGGCUAGCAAUCUAAAAACUCAUCUGCUCUCUCACUCUGGAGAAAGGCCGUUUAAAUGUGAUCAGUGCGAGAAAACUUUUUUUGUGGCAGUUCACUUGAAGACACACAUGAGGAUUCAUGAAGACGAGAAGCCUUACACGUGUUCUUUUUGUGGAAAAAGUUUUCUAUGGCUGAACGGUUUUAAAGAGCACCAGAAAAUACAUAUCGGUGUGAAAGCACACGUGUGUACUGAGUGCGGAAAUUCCUUUACCAGAGCUGGUGAACUGAAAGUGCACCAAAGAAAGCAUACGGGAGAAAAACCUUAUCAGUGUUCAUAUUGUGAAAAGAGUUUCUCCGUUUCAGGAGCCCUGAAAGCACAUGAAAGAGUGCAUACUGGAGAGAGGCCGUACCUCUGCCCUUCAUGUGGGAAGACUUUCAGCCGAUAUGGUAAUCUAGGAAAACACUUAAAAAGGGUUUGCCCAAAGUUGUCACAGUGAGCAAAGUUCCUCUCUUGGUCUAGGCCUGUCAUCAUACAUAUUCCCCUGAUUGUGAUUAUUUGAGAUGGCUGUGACCAUUGUCUACUUUACAUCUUAAACACGUGAUCAUCCAAAUGAUGUAGAGAUCGAAUGAUAAUCAGUUUUAAAUAUGUUUUUGACCAAUAUUUACACAUUUCUUCACAAUCACCUAUUUUUUUAAUAUUGAGUCGGCCGAUAAAUGGUGCCAACCCAUCUGGUGGGACUGUGCCGAAAAUGCUGUUAUGGCUGCAUCGAACCUAUGCCAUAGCCUGAUGUGCUUUUCUCCAAAAAUGUUGUUUUAGGAUCUAUGCAUCAUAACAUAUCGUAUUUGUCGGGAGCAUCUGUUAGUUUAAUAUUCUAUUUAUGUGAAGUUACAAUUGAAAAGGUGACGAAAAGACACAUCUGUUUAACUUUAAAACUGCAUGCUCUGGGCUUUUACUCUAUAUAUGUUAGAUGUGAGUAAACCAUAUUUGUUGUAAUCUACUCGAAACCUUUCUGUUCUGUAAGAUGUUCUGACUGUUUGUCUGACAGUAUGGUGUACAAUAGUCAUUACAACCAAUCAGCUAAUUAAAAUGCACCUGUUAAGAAUUGGUUUUAUUGCCUAUAUGCAUUGUAAAGUCCAGAUUUUAAGCUUUAAAAUGACCCACAUUUGUGUUGGUCAAUCGAAUAUUAAUUGAUUCAUUUGAUGUUUCUUUUUUAUUCCAGAGUCUCAAAGUAUGCCAAAAUAUUUAUUCACUCAAGAGCAGGCAUACUGAUGCUUUAUAUACCAAUAAAACAGUCAGUAUUUUAUUUAAUUUUUUUUAAAUAAGCAUUAGAUAUAAGAUUAAGAUUACAUAAAGAGAUUUUUAUUGUUAUAUAUAUAAAAAAGAAGAUUUUUAAGAAUUCCUGGAACUGAAGGUGUCAGAGCAAACAUGAAGCACAUGUCCCCAAUGUAGCCAGAGUCUGGCCAAUUUUAAGUAAGGCUUUUGGGGCAACUGCACCUAAACCAGUCGGCUAGUCACAGUAUUUUGAUGGCAUACAUCAGUUUUUCCUAAACUUUUUUUAGUAAGUACCCCCAAACACCAUCAGAAAGGCUAAAAAACCCCUUCAUUAACACAAAACCAAAGAUAAGGUGCUUUCGAUUCUGAUUAAUUUGGGUAUAUUUCAGUUUAAAAUAUCUAUUUCGCUUACAUAUUGAAGAAAUUGUCUCUCAGCUGGUAACUACAAAGGGGACCUUCUAAUUUGGUACAUUAACAAAUAUUAAUUUUAGAAUUUGUUAUUUUAUAUUUAUCCCCAUACUGAGAGAAGCCGUAUUUCUGCCCUUCAUGUGAAAAAAAUUUUGGCUGAAUAAGUACUCUUUUCAAAUUUGGCAUACCAGACACGUUUGAUUUAAAUUAUGUCCAACGUCAUUUAAUCUUUCAAGUCUCGCUAUUAAAGCAAAACCUGGUGUUAAGUAUCUGAUGUAACAUACUGUCUUUGAGUUGAACAGGAGCGCAAAUACUGUAAAUAAUGACCGAUUUUUUUAUUUUUGGGCGAAUUAUUCCUUUAACCAGAGAAUACCACAACAUUAAAACAGCCUGCCUUAUAGGUCCCCCUCAUGCCACCAAAACAGUGCCAACUUGUAUCUCAGAAUCACAUUCUGAGAUGAUAUUCUUCUCAUCACAAUUGUACAGAGGGGUUAUCUGAGUUACCAUAGACACUGUCAACUCAAACCAUUCUGACCAUUCUCUGUUGACCUCUAUCAUCAACAAGACAUUUCCAUCCACAAAACUGCUGCUCGCUGGAUGUUUUUGGUUUUUGGCACCAUUCGGAGUAAAUUCUAGAGACUGUUGUGUGUGAAAAUCCCAGGAGAUCAGCAGUUACAGAAAUACAUCUCAGAAUGGUUGGCACUGUUUUGGCAGCACAAGGGGGACCUACACAAUAUUAGGCAGGUGGUUUUAAUGUUUUGGCUGAUCGCUGUAUAUAUAGAUAUUAGUUACAUGUUUAUUGUUUACAUGCAUAAUUUUUACUAUUUGCAAGUAUGUACAUUGAUAUGUAGAACAAGUUUUAAAACGAUACUUUCUCUUUAAGAAUACAGGAGUGCCUCAGACGUUUUUUGGAAUAGAGCAUAUUGUCUCUUCGGCCUAUUGAUGAGUUGAACACAUUCAGUAACAAUUGUUUUAAUCAAAAGGUCAACAUAAUUAUUUUAACCAUUUGCAUUUGUAUAAUUAUGAAUGUUACAGGUCAUUUCGGUAUUUGAACUCUGAGGAGUGACUGAGGGUCUGAUUUAUGUCAGGAAUGCUGUAACUGGAGAACUAAUAUAUAUAUAUGUGAGUUGUAAUAAAUUCAUUGAUCAAAUUAAGCAUGUGAUUUAUUGUGUUUAAGUUUUACGUCAUUAAUGUACCACAUGUAUUUACUAACACAAAUGCAGUUAGCAUUCAUCAUUAAAAGUA